AUGGCAUAUCUUGCGAAAAACACUCUGUUUCUCUGGCUGAAGGGAUUCUACCCUCGUCGAAUUGUGUACUACCUGCUCCUCAAAGGCUUGGCCACUCCUGAUGGCAUCAUGAAAGGCCAGAGCACCUCAAUAUCAUUGAAGAUCAACAUCAUCAACUACAACUCGAAGACCAACCGUCUCGAACCUGCCGAUGUCGACGACCCAAAGCCAGCUGGCAAAAGCACCCCGUGCCUGCGAAUCUUCGACGCAGACAAGGGGACCACCCAAUGGAUACACGAGAGUACCGCAAUCCCGGAAUACCUGGAAGACGCCUAUCCCAAUUUACUUCCUCUUCAGAGCCGCGAUAUCGUGGACCGAGCCAUAUUAGGCGACAUCAUGGCUGGCAUCAACGCUACGCAAGACGAUUUCAGCUACUAUUUGCUCCACGCGUCGCCUGUCGCGUGCAAGUAUAUGGGGCUUGAUGCAGCAGAUAGAAGCCUCAAAGCAGCACUCAACGCCAAGGCUCAGAUGCACAAAUGCCUGCUAAAGGUGCAGGCAUGGGCUUCGGAAUCAUUGGAGAAGACCGGGUGGCUGACACCUGGCAUCGACAGACCGGGUCUCGCAGAUAUUUGUCUUGCAGGAUGGCUCCGAUACAUUUGGCUAUCGUAUGAGUAUGAUGUUAUCGAGGCAGAAGGCAAGGAUGCACUGAGUGACUGGUGGGUGCGCUUUCGAAAGCUCCGAUGGUGGGCAGAGGUGGAGGAGACUGGAGAGAGUCAUCCGGAAAGUCUUCGAUUCGGGAAGGAAAGUCGAGAGGUCUAA